AAUGGCAACUUUUUAAUAAAAGUAUGAAUCAUUGAAAUAAGAAUUUAAUGAACUAGAUAUCAAUGAUGAUGGUAGAUUAGAUAAAAAUGAGAUGUUCUAAGUUUUAGAUUCUAAGGUAUAAUUUGUUUAAUUUCUGUGUUGAUUAGAUUGGUAAAUAAUUUGAUCGAGAGAUUGCUGAAGAAUUAUGGUCUAAUUUAGAUAUGAAUCAUGAUGGGAAAGUAACAGUAAAUGAAUUUAUUCAAAUACUUUUGAAAGCAGAAGACAGUUUGAAAAGUAAAAUAAACAAUUGCAGAACUACUUUAGAAUUAAACUAUUAACAGAAAAGAGAAACAGAAACUAAUUUAGAUUAUUGUUAAUAAAAUGAAAAAUUGAAUAAUUUUGGUGUAAUGGAAGGCAGUUAAUUAUGUGUUAUUGUGAUUCAAGCUGCAAAUCUUAAAGCAGAUGGUAAAUAAUUAGAUCCAUUUAUCACUUUACAAUUUGAUAAAUUUGAAAAGCAAACAACUAUUAAUAAAGGUCCUAAUCCUAUUUGGAAAGAGACUUAAAAGUUUUAUUUUCCUGUUUAAACUGGGAAAGAAGACUUAAAAUUAACAGUUUGUGAUUUUGAUAAAUAUACUCCUAAUAUAGUGAUUGCAAGGGUUGAUUUAAAUUUAUCUAACAAUGGUUUCAAUUUGAAGAAUCAGCAAUUACAUGAUAUAUGGUUAGAUUUAUAUGAUAUCAAUGGGAAUAGAAGUGGAUCUCAAUUGAAUAUUCAAAUAUAAUGGGUCUAUUCUAAGGUCAAAUAUCUUAGAGAUGUACUUAACUCUUACUAAUAAUAAGUGAAUUAAUAAGAAUAAGAAUUACUAUAAUAUGAGAGAGAUCUCUUUAUACUUUAUGAACCAUUUGUUAAAUGGAGAUAACUCAAUACUAAAGGAUAUUAAAAACCUAUUACUUAAGAACCUGCAUCCAUGAUUCCAAUUUCAUAUUAAUAAGCAGAUCCUACUAAAAUAAUAAAACCUUUUUCUGAUCCUCUUUUGGAUAAAAAUAGCAAAUUUAAAUUAAUUACUAUAUUAGUUGGUUUCAUAGCAUGUCUUACUUUACUAAUAUUAUUUUACAAAGCUUAAUUUUUUGAUGUAAUGAGUGUGUUGCUAUUAUUAGUUGCUUCUUAUUAUAGACUUUUAUAUACUCUGGGAAUUUAAUGCUUUAAAUGAGAAUCGUAUUAAGACUUUAGGUAUUUUGUUUGGAAUGAGUUGUUUUUUGGAUGUUGUAUGGAUCUUUUGUAUUGGUGUGAAAUGGCUUGGUAAUGAUUCUCAUGAAAUUUUCAUACCUUAUGAAAUCUCCAUUCAAAAAAUGAUCUCCAUUUUAGUAAUAAUAAGUUUAAUUGUGAGAGUAAUUAUGAAUUUAAACUUUAGUUGUAUCUAAUACUAAACUUAUUUUAAUUAUCUCAAGAAUUGUAAAACCUUACCAAUCCUUAAACAAUCAAAAUAUAACAUAAAAAUAUUGUAAAAAUAGAUAUGUAAAAUACACAUAAUAUUGAAUCUAAAACAUACCUCCAUAAUGGACGACCAAUUGUGAUUUAUUGA